AUGGAAAAACGAGGAACAAAAAGAGUUGAAAUUGAAGGUAUUGAUGACAAGAGGCAGAUUACUGCCGUGUUCGCAUGCACUCUCUCUGGGAAAUUCCUCCCAAUUCAGCUAAUAUACCAAGGCACUACACAGAAGUGCCUUCCAAAAGGUGUAUCUUUUCCUAAUAAUUGGCACCUGACGUAUACUAGCAACCACUGGAGCAAUGAGAAAACUACAGUUGAGUAUUUGAACUCAAUUAUACUACCAUAUGUACGUAAUACAAGAAGUCAGUUCAGUCUUGAUGCUACUCAUCCAGCUCUCGUCUUAUUCGAUGUAUUUAGGGGGCAAUGUACUGACCAAGUAUUCAAGAUUCUCGAAGAAAACAAUAUUUUUUAUGUAUUAAUACCACCAAACUGUACUGAUAGACUUCAGCCCCUUGAUCUUAGCAUCAAUAAGCCAGCUAAGGAUUUCAUGAAACGGCAGUUUCAAAAUUGGUAUGCCUCCAUUAUUUUGAAGCAGUUAGAAGAUGGUGUGGAAGAGUCAGUAGAUCUUCGGCUAACAAUAAUGAAACCAUUGAUGGCCAACUGGAUGAUUGACCUAUAUCAAUACUUCACUACACAACCUCAGCUAAUUGUCAAUGGAUUUCAAGCAGCUGGAAUAACAAGCAGUCUUAGUGAGGUGUAA